AUGGCGAGGAAAUCUGUGCCGUCUCGUUCGCCCAAUAACUCCUCGGUCCCUGAGGAUAAAACCACCAUUAAUCAUUUCCCACAUCUUCACCCAUACGCCGAUCCUACAACCGGUCUCUUGUCCAGGGUGCCGUCCUCAUGGAUUCCAUACUGCCAACUCAUGCGUUUGGAUCGCCCAGGCGGACUUUAUGCGUUCUACUUCCCUUACCUUAUCGGACUAGCUUUCGCUGCAUGCAUAGCUCCAACACCGCCAUCUGUGGCAAAGCUGCUGGCUGUGAUGCUGGAAUUCUUGCCUCUUAGUGUACUUCUUCGCGGCGCUGCAUGUACCUGGAAUGAUACCGUCGAUCAAGAUUUCGACCGGCGUGUGGAGCGCUGCCGGCAUCGACCUGUUGCCCGCGGAGCGAUUUCAACUACCAAGGCCUCAUUAUUCACACUUGCUCAAAUCCUCGGGCUUUAUGCUAUUGUGUCUACGCUUCCAAGCGCAUGCAUGGCGCAUGUAGCCUUCGCCACAAUUCUUUUCUUCAUCUAUGCCUUGAUGAAGAGGGUGACCUACUAUCCUCAGGUAGUGCUUGGCUUUCCGUUUGCCUGGUCAAUUUUUGUCAGUAUCGGCGCUCUGGGUAUGACACCUCUCGAUGAGCAUUACAUUAAGGCGACCAUUGCGUUGUGCGCGGCCAAUGUCUUCUGGACAAUCACCUAUGACACGAUCUACGCUCACCAAGACAUCGAGGAUGACGAGAAGGCUGGGGUGAAAGGGAUGGCAUUACGUUUUCGGCAUACGACGAAGACUUUGGCAAGCGUCUUGUCCAUCGCACAAGUCGCAUGCUUGGCUCUUUGUGGGGUUUUCGCAGAUUUCGGUAUACACUAUUUCGUCGGAACCGUCGGAGGCGUUGCCUUUAGUAUGACCUACUUCAUUUAUGAUGUUGACCUUCAAAAUCCUGAAAGUUGUGGGUCGUGGUUUCGUGAUCAGUUUAUUGUUGGGGCAGGGUUCUUGUCUGGACUGAUUUCUGAGUACACCAUGAAGCUGAUUCUUUAG